UAAGGCAUCUAAUUGAAUUAAUUUCAAAGACUCGCAACUAAUUCGUGAAACAUGUCAAAGUUGAUCAAAUUACUAAGCCUCUUUAUAUUUCUGAAUGAAAUUUAUGGCGAAGAAGUAUCGAAACCUCACAUUAUUUUCAUACUUUUUGAUGACUUGGGUUGGAAUGACGUCAGUUUCCUUGGUUCUCACGACAUAAGGACACCGAACAUUGACACGCUUGCUUCGGAUGGAAUUGUAUUGAAUCAGUACUAUACAGAUGCCUUUGGUACACCUUCAAGAAGUGCGUUACUUACAGGAAAAUAUCCCAUGAGACUUGGUGUUCAAGGCAUCUCUAUAUCGGCGUCGGAAGAUCUCGGUAUACCUGAAUCGGAACGCCUCUUACCAUCCUAUUUGCGGGAAUUAGACUACGAAACCUAUUUGAUAGGUAAAUGGAACGUCGGUAAAUCUAGACAGCACUAUCUUCCUAUUCACAGAGGCUUUAACACGUUUUAUGGCUUCCUCGAUGGGUCUAUAGAUUACUUUACGCACGAUUUGAUAGAGAAAUGGAAUGGAGCCACUGCCUUUGGUUUAAACUUGUACAAUAAUACACAGCCCGUGGAAGAUCAAAGUGGUCAUGUCACAGAAAUAUUUACUGACAAAGCCGUUGAAAUAAUUAGAAACCAUGAUAGAACAGUACCUUUGUAUCUCCAGUUGUCGCACGCUGCCCCCCACACUGGUGGAGGUUUAGUUAAUCUUCAAACGCCUGCGGAUACUAUUGCGGCAAAUAGUCACAUCGCACAUUCCGCUCGGCGAACUUAUGCGGGUAUGGUUACUGGUUUAGAUAAAAGCGUUGGCAGCAUUGUUGCAGCUUUAUCUGAAAACGAAAUGCUGCAGAGUACAAUUAUCGUUAUCGUUUCGGAUAAUGGCGCCUUAACUACUGGAGCUUUGCAAAAUUUCGGCUCUAAUUUUCCGUUGCGAGGCGUUAAAGGCACACCUUGGGAAGGCGCUAUACGUUCUCCUGCACUCGUAUGGAGUCCUAUAUUACCUACUAAAAUUAUGAAUGAAGUAUUUCACGUAACCGAUUGGCUACCAACGUUAGUACACGCAGCAGGUGGCGCCAUCAAGAAACCAAUAGAUGGUGUAAACCAAUGGUUGUCACUUAAAGAUGGCAAGAAAUCAAAACGUAAAGAAAUAGUACUGGCAGUUGACAAUCUCAGCGGUUGGGUAGCUUUUAGAGAAGGUGAUUUAAAAAUUAUACUAGGAAAAGUUGAUGAAGAAACAAGUGGAUAUUACGGCAAAGAGUUACAAGCUUUGAGAAAAGAUCCCCCAUCGUAUGAAGAUAUGUUACUGGAUUGUAAAGUAAGCAACGUGCUGCGAGAUAAAUUGGGGGUGUCGAUUGAACCGGAGUCUAUUACAGCUAAACGGAAGGAAUUGAAUUUAUCAGGACUGCACGUACUUCAAAGUGCAGACAUUUGUAUUCCUACAAAAGAAAAAGGAUGUCUUUUUAACAUAAGUGCCGAUCCUUUAGAAGCGCAUGAUUUGUGGAAUAAAUUGCCCGAUAUUGUACAUUAUUUGACUCUACGCGUUCGAGUAUUGUGGUCUGAAAUGAAACCGAGGUAUGAGCCGAAGCGGGAUCCUAGAGCAGAUCCCUCGCUUCGUAAUUACACAUGGGCACCGUGGAUCGAAAACGAUGAAAUAUCGAUUGAACCUGAAAACAAAACCUAUCCAGCUUUUCCACUGCAUCUAUCUCAAAAAGAGCUUCAGUACAUUUUUAAAUUAAAUGUUGGAACCUUUUCAGAAAAAUUAUGCAAGUUAAUUAAAAACAUGGGGGACUCAUUUACGAAGACCCUUAGCAGUUUAUUUAACUAUUGA